UUCCCUUCGUCUAGUUUCCAGAAAAUAUGGAAAUGGGUUUGAGGAAGCCUCAGAUGAGCCUGAAACAAUGAUAGGCAGAUUGUGAAGCUCAUUGACAUCAAUAGGUGAUAACCAGGAGGAGCAAUGGCAGCCUGGCUGGGUCGGCUGUCUUUUGGAGAGGCCUGGUACGGCAUGUACUCCCGCCUGCUGAGGACCAAACCUGUUGGAUCCAUGGCCCAUGGCUCCGAUGACCUCACGGAGUUAGCAGAGGGGUCCGCCGUGGGACUGGCAAAGGUCCUGACUACUGUGGACCUGGUGUCGCUUGGUGUGGGGAGCUGUGUGGGAACCGGGAUGUAUGUGGUGGCCGGGCUGGUUGCCAAGGCCAUGGCUGGACCGGGAGUCAUCCUCUCCUUUAUCAUUGCAGCAGUGGCCUCAAUACUGUCAGGGGUUUGCUACGCAGAGUUUGGGGUCCGGGUCCCCAAAACGACGGGUUCAGCAUACACUUACAGCUAUGUGACAGUUGGGGAGUUUGUGGCAUUUUUCAUCGGCUGGAACUUGAUCUUGGAGUACCUGAUUGGUACGGCGGCAGGGGCGUCGGCCCUCAGCAGCAUGUUCGACUCUCUGGCUAAUCACAGCAUCAGUAACUACAUGAUUACACAUCUGGGCAUAAUCAGAGGACUUGGUAAGGGUGAAGACACGUAUCCUGACCUGCUGGCCCUGUUCAUUGCCCUGCUGGUCACAGUGAUUGUUGCUCUGGGAGUGAGGAACUCUGUGGGAUUCAACAAUGUCCUAAAUGUUAUCAACCUGGUGGUCUGGGUCUUCAUGAUCAUCGCCGGGCUCUUCUUCCUGUCAGCUAGCAACUGGGAGGGAGGCAGGUUCAUGCCGUAUGGCUGGUCAGGGGUGAUGCAAGGCGCAGCUACAUGUUUCUAUGCCUUUAUUGGUUUUGACAUCAUCGCAACGACUGGAGAGGAGGCAAAGAAUGCCAACACAUCCAUCCCCUACGCCAUCACCGUCUCACUGGUCACAUGCCUCACCGCCUAUGUGUCGGUGAGUGUGAUCCUUACUCUCAUGGUCCCCUACAACCUGAUCGAUGGCUCUGCUCCACUCAUGGAAAUGUUUGCUGUGCAUGGUUUCAUGUGGGGAAAGUACAUUGUAGCUGUUGGCUCUAUAGCUGGACUCACCGUCUCACUGCUGGGCUCCUUGUUCCCAAUGCCCAGGGUCAUCUAUGCCAUGGCCCGGGAUGGACUCUUGUUCAGGUUCCUGACACAUGUCUCAGCACUCACACACACUCCUGCUAUGGCAUGUGCUCUGUCAGGAAGCUUUGCAGCCAUUCUGGCUCUCCUGGUGAGCCUCCGGGACCUGAUUGAGAUGAUGUCCAUUGGAACUCUGCUGGCUUACACCCUAGUUAGUGUGUGCGUGCUAUUACUUCGCUACCAGCCUGAUAAAGAGACUGACACACACCAGUUUAUUUCAGAGGAAGACGUGGAGAACAUCAAGCAUCGGGAUGUUGGAGAUGCCCCUACCAAAGAUGACCAAAUCAUGAUGGAAGGCUUAGAUCAUGAUGGGCCCUCAUCCUACCAUGCUGGUGGAACUGAAGGGGAGGUAGAUGACUCUAAUUUCCACACCGGACCUCCCUCGCUAAUGAAAAGACUUCUAGUAGGUCAUUAUUACACCAUUCGACUCCGACUGGGAAUACCUGAUUCAUCAGCACGUCCAACCCCUGCUUCUGGUCGGAUAGUUACUAGAUGCACCCUUUCCCUCUUCUUUAUAUCUUUCCUCUUUUGGUCCACUAUCAUAUUUGGUGUAGAGCAAGGCUCAGGAGCUGGAGCAGUGUUUUCGGGCCUGAUGGCAACACUGAUUUUGGGAUCAAUGGCCAAACUUUUGAUUCUUAUCAUUCAACAGCCAGAGAGCAAACUGAGGCUGCCCUACAUGGCUCCAUGUGUUCCCUUUGUCCCUGCAGCGGCCAUAUUGGUUAACAGUUACCUCAUGCUUAAACUGUCUCCUCUCACCUGGGCAAGGUUCACUAUCUGGUGUCUGAUAGGUCUGUUGAUCUAUGGCUGUUAUGGAAUUUGGCACAGCACUUUGGAGCUAGAGGCCCGCGAGCAGCAGGCCCACGCCAGCUGCUACCAGCGCUACAACGACAACUUGGAUGACACCUUCUCUCCUGACGACGAUGUUUACCCCCAGGAACAGGACAACAGGCCUUACCAAGGCUGGUCUGCCCCGGAGGAGAGUCAACACCGACACCAGAACCAAGGAGAGGAGGAACCACAUCAAAGCCAGUUUGAGGAUGAGAGUGACCAGUACGGGUACCAGUCUGGAGCAGGAGUCCAUCAGACUGGUCACAGCAGCAGGUCAAAGGGACGGACCAAUUUUGGGUUUGAUGAUGAGGAUGACUGAAUUCAGGGGGAAUACAAGAUUUUAAAAUCCAGGGACUGCAGAGGAAACAGAUAAAAACUCAGAAGGACUAUUCUGUUAUCUUUAAGCAAUUUAAACAUCUCUUGGUUUUCCUUGAUGGAUAAGACAGUCUUUGAAUAUGAGUUAAUGGCUUUUUUCGGA